CUCCAGAUGAGGAUGGACACGGUACACGGCCUUACCGUCGACCCUUGUCCCGAGCGGGAAUUAAGGGGUUCCGAAUACCAACCGGAGUGACAUCCCUACCCCCUCCCUUGCAAAACUUCGGGGAGGGUAGAGGAGGCCCAAUUUGAAAAGAGGAACCGUGCGAGGGUAUGCUCGAGCGGCGAGGGAGCGGCGGGCGGUGGAGCUCCGUUCGCGGGGUACCGACAAUGAAGACCGACGCGGGGGAGCAUUAAGGAAAAUAAAACAAAAUAAUAGAAAACCAUUCGAGGAUUCGGCGUUGACAAGACGCGGUGGGAUACCUUUUGGACCGGGUGGAGCCACUCGUCGUUGAAUAAAAGAUGAGGGACCCCCCCCUCCACUCCGGAGCCGUGGAUGUUUAUGUCUGAGGAUCCAUCUCCAUGUCACGGGCCGUCGUGUCGUGUGCUAUAGCCGCUGAUGAGACGUUAUGUUCGGGCGUGCUUGACAGAGGCGCCCCGGUCAGGGCGGUUCUCCACCACGACCACGAACAUACGGUGUUUGUGUUUAUGCAAACGGGCCUUCUGUCUCCUUUCUGAACUACCGGGUCUUUAAGUGGAACAUGCCCGGGCCUUGUGAACAACACGAGCGAGUGACGCCGCGUGGGGGUGGCAGCCAAGUGCUCUAAAAAGGAUUUAAAGUGUUUUUUUCUAUACACCGGCUUUCAAAACAGGCAGCAUCCGUUUUCUAUUGUCAUUAUUACAUGGUAACGUAGAGCCCAGUUGACUUUGGGAAAACCAAUGUUUUUAUCUUACUUUUUAAAAUAAUAAUAAUUAUUAAUUUUAUCAUAAAAAACACUAAUACAAUCAAAGAUGCCUAUUAUAAUGACAAGACAGUCGUCUAUCCAUUUAUAGGGAUCUGUCCCAAUUGUUUUUCAACUAAAGGCGGCGUUCACCCAGGACUGGUCGCCAGCCAAAUAUAGGGUGCUUAUAGACAACUAUUUACUCGCAUUUAGUGGACAAUUUAGUCUUUAAUGCCAUCAUCAUGUUUUUGAAAUGUGGGACAAAGCUGAUGAUAACCCAGGCAACUACAAGGAGGACAAGCAACCUCCACAUAGGAAGGCCACAGCCCAGAUUCAAACCCUAAACCUCAGAACUGUGAGGCAAACCUGCUAACUACUCAUCCAGCCUUCUCUCUAAACAGCCACCAAAAAGCAGCCAAAAUGUCAAAAGUGGUCACUAACAAGGAGAAGAAAUCCUUCAGCAAGAAGCUGUUCCGGAGGAGCUCGGUCCGCUCGGUGGGCAGCUUUAUGAACAGAGUUCUCCGGACUCUCUCCACUUUGUCACAUUUUAGUACAGAUGAGCAGGCCGCCCGCGAUGACAAGGAUGACGCCUCGUCCAUCCCCACUACCACUGGUGGGUCACUCCAGUCUGAUGACAGUGACUGUGGGGGGUUCCCCUUUGGUGACAAGGUGCCAGGCGUUGCCGGGCUGAAGAACCACGGCAACACCUGCUUCAUGAAUGCCAUCCUGCAGUGCUUGAGCAACACAGAGCUCUUCGCUGAGUACCUGGCCUUAGAGCAGUUCCGGGGAGAAGGAGGCGGAGGAUCCGAGGCCGGAAGCGGUGCUGAUUCAAAGGCGAGUAAGUCCAAUGGGGUCGUGGUGCAGAAGAAGUCCAGCCAGCAGCAGCAGGAGGAAUCUGGAGAGGUGACAGAGCAGCUCUCCGGUCUGGUCCGAGCUCUCUGGACCUUUGAGUACACACCUCAACACAGCAGAGACUUCAAGAAUGUGGUGUCAAAGAGCGCCCUUCAGUUCAAGGGCAACUCCCAGCAUGACGCCCAGGAAUUCCUCCUGUGGCUGCUGGAUCGAGUUCACGAAGACCUCAACAACAUCAUCCAUCCUGACAUCAGACCCCCGAGGACGCCUCCAGUGGAAAACGAAAACGCCCCUGGAGAAUCUCCACUCCCAGCGCCUGGCUCUUUUGUGCAGGAGCUUUUCCAGGCACAAUACAGAUCCUCCCUGACGUGUCCUCACUGCCAGAAACAGAGUAACACUUUUGAUCCUUUCCUCUGCAUCUCACUGCCAAUCCCUGUGCCUCACACCCGGCCCUUGUAUGUAACAGUCGUGUACCAGGGCAAGUGCUCACACUGCAUGCGGGUCGGGGUGGCCGUGCCUCUGUCUGGUACCGUAUCAAGGCUUAGACAAGCUGUGGCGCAGGAGACUAAAAUCCCUUCUCAACAGAUUGUCCUGACCGAGAUGUACUACGACGGUUUCCAUCGCUCCUUCUGCGAUGAUGACGACGACCUGGAGAUCAUCCAGGAGAGUGACUCCAUCUUUGCCUUUGAAACUCCAGAGCUCUUCAGGCCCGAUCAGAUCCGCUCCAAGCGAGGCGGGAGUCCACAUGCCAAUCUCAACCAAAACAACUUAAAGUACAGCACGGAUAACAACCGGUUAUCCCCACAAAUCCAGGAGCCCGCAACUCCACCUCUAAGCCCCAAUAAGAACACGGGGCAGGAUGAGAAGGUGGUGUUGUUGGUGUGCAACAGAGCUUGUGCUGGCCAGCAAGGACGCAGAUUUGGGAAUCCUUUUAUCCUUUACCUGGAGCGUACAGUCACAUGGGAUGUUCUCCAGAAGGAAAUUCUGGAGAAGAUGCGUCAUCUUUUACGUCCUGGUGCCGUAGUACAGGUGGGGCCCUUCACGUUACGUGUGGUCGGCGUUGUCGGGAUCACAUAUCUCCUCCCUCAAGAGGAACAACCGCUAUGCCAUCCUUCUGUGGAGAGAGCAUACAAGUCUUGUGGUCCUGGUGGGCCACCUCAUGUCAAAAUUGUUGUGGAAUGGGACAAGGAGACUAAAGAUUAUCUGUUUAAAAGAACUGAGGACGAAUACAUCCCUGACGCUGAAAGUGUCCGUCAAGUGAAGGAGCAGCACCUCCAGCCUCAGACCUGCUCACUCGCUCAGUGCUUUCAGCUCUACACCAAAGAGGAACAGCUUGCUCCUGAUGACGCCUGGCGAUGUCCACACUGUAAGCAGCUUCAGCAAGGCAGCAUCAAACUGAGCUUGUGGACACUGCCUGACAUCCUCAUCCUUCACCUCAAACGUUUUCGACAGGACGGGGAUCGGCGCAUGAAAAUGCAAAACAUGGUGAAAUUCCCACUGACAGGCAUGGACAUGGCGCCGCACAUGGUGAAGAGGAGCCAAAGCAGCUGGAGUCUACCCUCGCACUGGUCGCCGUGGAGACGGCCUUACGGGUUAGGUCGGGAUCCUGAGGAUUACCUUUACGACCUUUACGCCGUGUGUAACCAUCACGGGACGAUGCAGGGAGGACAUUACACAGCUCAGUGCAAGAACUCAAUUGACGGGCAGUGGUAUUGCUUUGACGACAGCGACGUUCAUCCAAUAUCAGAAGAGGACGUCUGCAAGCAGACUGCUUACAUUUUGUUUUAUCAGAGACGUGCCACCAUUCCAUCUUGGUCCGCAAACAGUUCUGUGGGAGGAUCUACGAGUUCAUCCCUGUGUGAGCACUGGAUCAGCCGUUUGAUGGGAAGCCGUCCACCGAGUCAAGCCUCGUCCGGUUCCUCCAGACGAACAUCGCUGGCGUCGCUGUCUGAGUCAGCUGAAUUUGCUGGUGAACGGAGCGAGGAUGACGGCUGCCGACCUGUAGUGAGAGGCAUGCAAAGGCAGACAUUCUCCUCGAGAACGUCCAUCGCUAGUCCACUAGUUCUCAGCGAGAACGGCCAGAAGCCUUCUUGGCCUCACUCUGCCAAGCUGCAACUCCGCUCUAACUCUCCCUCACGCUUUUCUUUGGAAUCUCACUCCUCUUCGCCAACAUUGGAAAUGAUUGGAGAGGUGGUUGAUACCAAUCUCUCGACGUCCUGCUUCAAUGGGUCCCCAAGGAUCGCAGGUAAGUCGGCCCUCGCAGCUUUGGAUCAUAAUCCUGGCAGUAAGCGACUGAUAGAGCAGCUACACCCCAAAGCAUCGUCACAGGCCGAGCAGAGAAGUUUGUUGCAAGCUGGAGAUAACAACAAUCUAGUCAGCGGUGCUGAACAAAUCAGUCCUAGACAUGGGGCGACUCCAAAGGAGCAGAAGCAAAGAAAUGUGGCCACAGAUGGUACAGGUGGCAAACGGACCUCAAAGACCGGGGCUGAGAGUGAAAGGAGCCCCAAAAAGCGUCCCGCCGCCUCCUCCACAUCGUCCAGCUCUUUGUCUCCUGCGUCCCCAGCUGUUGCUAAGUCACCGGCUCGAGUUCAGGCCAAGGGCGCCGCAUCCAAUUCAAAGGAUAAGAGUGAUGGACCGACAAAAGUCAGUAGGGCUGGUUCCUCAAGAACGGCAACACCGUCUAAAAAAGGCUCAUCCCAAACACAGGAGGGGUUACAUCCUGACUCAGCCCAACAGAGGAAGAGCGGUUCCCCAGGAAGUUUGCACCCUCCGAGAAGGACAACGCUCAAAGGAGGCGGUGAUAAAAGCUCGGCUUCGGCAAGGACUAAAGGGGCGGAAAGGAGUGCGAGUCGGGAUUCGUCAAGGACCAACGCGUUAUCGGAGAAGAAGGUUAACAAUGGCGGUCCUCCGUCCAGGUCAGGUGUCGGUAGUCGAGCGGAGGGCAGGGCAGGACGAGCUCUGGAAAACAGGACUGUUGCCCGAAGCUCAAGCAGUAGCUCUUCCAUGACCAGCCUGCGAUCUUCGAGCGUGCUACCUCCGUCUGCCACUCUGUCGUCAAAAGCCCCUCGAAGGAACAGUAAGACUGAAGACAAAGCGCUGUCGUUCUUCAAAACUGCCUUGAGGCCCAAAGACACCCGCAAGUCGGAUGGCGGGAAAACGGGAGCCACAGAUCCAAAGGGAAAUCUAGAAGAUAGUGGAGAUCCGGCGAAAGAUGGCGCUAGCAAGAAACUCCAGAACUCAACUGCAGAACCUACCGCAGCUAAGGACAAAGAAUCCACCAAAGGUUCUGCUGCAGCCAGACAUUCAAUCAUGCCCUCCACCAAAUCCAAACUUUCAGAAACAACCAACCAGGGUUCUACGAAAGAACCCUCAAAGAAAGAACCUGUUAAAAAGAUCAUGCCGUCCAGGAAAAUCCCCAUCAACUCCACACAAUCAAGCCAGAGGUCCAAAUGAGAUCCACGCGAGGGCCUGACGACCAUCUCGCUCUCCUUCUAGCGCAGCUUCUAACACUGAAUUGACACCUUUGGUCUUUCAGUGCUCACUGGUUUGCAGCUGCCACAUUGGACACUUCCCGUCCACUUUGGUCUAUAGUUGAUAAGGAAUGGGUUUUACCAAAGCACUUUGUAUGGAUUGUGAUGAUUUCCAGGAAAUACUAUACUGUAUUGUAAAUAAGCAUGGGUUGCUCAUUUAUUGGAAUGAUUGCCUUGUGUCCGUAGCUUAAUUGGGGGUACUCGAAUGACCACUUCAAUAUGCUGUUGCUCUGCCAGUUGCAGUAAUGUUCCUUUUUUAGGGAGGGCGAAGCUGACCGUACCUGUCUUUUGAUUGAUUGACAGACAAUUGGUGGAAGAGUGAAAACGACUCGAAAAGAGUUGAAAAUCGACUCCGUUGUCAGUUUUUUAACCUCUGAAUAUUUUCCCAAAACCUUUAUCUCUUCUUAACUAUGGAGAGCCAAGUGUCAACUUCAGUGCCUCAGAUAAUCAUAGUAUUUAAUCGAAAUUGUAUACCUGCAGGUGUUGGUAAAUUUAUAAGUAAAAUUAAAUAUUUAUUAAGCACUGAAUAUGUAAUUUCAAAUAACAGGCACCUAUGUAACCUUAAUUGCUGUUUACAUACACUUGAUGUAGUUAUUGUGCAACAGCCUUCAAGGAGUGUUUUUGAGACGAGGGAAAUAAGCAUGUCAGUGGUUUCAUUCGUCUGAGAUCACGGUUCUUAAAUGUAUGUGUUUAUUUACCUGUGAUAACACAUCAAGCCCUUAGGCAACCUCUCACCUGGCGCCGGGGCCGAUGCCAACAUUUACUCGCGGCGCCCACCCGUGGCCUCAGGGCUCUCCAACUGCCACACUGUCUCAGAACAUUCCUCUCAGAAGAACACAGGGUGUAUAAAGGCCAUACAGUAUAUACACACAUUCACGGAAAAUCUGCCCCAGCUAUUCAGGUCCACUUGCACAGUCUAGAACAAUGAUUUUGUUGGUAAAAAGAAGACUGAAAAAGGCUUUUAAUGACAGUAAAUAAUUCUAUACAGACCGUGCCAAACGUGUUGCUAUUCCGCUAAACCAGAGGUCUAAAACUUAAGGCCUUGAGGCCAUUUCAGGUCCACAGGACAAUAUUUUAGGCCAGCUACCAGACAUAAAUAAUUAGUGUUAGUGCGACCCUCACCCUAGGUGUUUUCUCUCUGUUCUGAGCUAUUCUAGCUCAGUCUCAUGACUGUUUUCGCGGGGGCUUGUCAAAAAGUUAGCGCAAGCGCAUUAGCAAAGUUAGUCACUUGGUUGGGUAAACUCCAGCUGUAGCAAAGUGGCCCCAGAACCAGUGUUGUUAAUAACGGCGUUAGAAUAUAACUGAGUUGCU